CUGUACAGGUUCAAUAAGAAGCCAAAGAGAGGGAUUCAGUACCUGCAAGAACAAGGAAUGCUUGGCACUACUCCAGAAGAUAUUGCUCAGUUCUUGCAUCAAGAGGAAAGAUUAGAUUCAACUCAGGUUGGGGAGUUCCUGGGAGACAAUGAUAAAUUUAACAAAGAAGUCAUGUAUGCCUAUGUAGACCAACACGACUUUUCGGGAAAGGAUUUUGUUUCAGCUCUGCGCAUGUUUCUAGAAGGAUUUCGUCUUCCAGGAGAAGCUCAAAAAAUUGAUCGCCUAAUGGAGAAAUUUGCUGCUAGAUAUUUAGAAUGUAACCAAGGGCAAACUCUUUUUGCCAGUGCAGAUACUGCAUAUGUUUUAGCUUACUCAAUUAUCAUGUUGACAACAGAUCUUCACAGUCCACAGGUUAAGAAUAAAAUGACAAAAGAACAAUAUAUUAAAAUGAAUAGAGGUAUCAAUGACAGUAAAGAUCUCCCUGAAGAGUAUUUGUCUGCUAUCUAUAAUGAAAUAGCUGGAAAGAAGAUUUCAAUGAAGGAAACAAAAGAAUUAACAAUACCCACAAAAUCUAGUAAACAAAGUGUUGCUAGUGAAAAGCAGAGAAGACUCCUUUAUAACUUGGAAAUGGAACAAAUGGCUAAAACAGCUAAAGCUCUUAUGGAGGCAGUGAGCCACGUUCAGGCCCCUUUUACUAGUGCAACACACCUGGAGCAUGUGAGACCCAUGUUUAAGUUGGCGUGGACACCUUUUCUGGCUGCGUUCAGUGUGGGUCUGCAGGACUGUGAUGACACCGAAGUUGCCUCUCUUUGUUUAGAGGGUAUACGAUGUGCAAUCCGGAUUGCUUGCAUUUUCAACAUUCAGCUUGAAAGAGAUGCCUAUGUUCAAGCAUUAGCAAGAUUUACAUUACUUACAGUGAGUUCUGGUAUUACUGAAAUGAAGCAGAAGAAUAUUGACACCAUUAAAACUCUCAUCACGGUGGCUCAUACAGAUGGAAACUAUUUAGGAAAUUCCUGGCAUGAGAUUCUGAAAUGCAUCAGUCAGCUUGAACUGGCACAGUUAAUAGGAACUGGAGUAAAACCUCGCUACAUCUCAGGGACAGUGCGUGGCAGGGAAGGUUCUUUUACUGGAACAAAAGAUCAGGCACCCGAUGAAUUUGUGGGGCUGGGACUGGUUGGUGGAAACGUGGAUUGGAAGCAGAUAGCAAGUAUUCAGGAAUCCAUUGGUGAAACCAGCUCCCAAAGUGUUGUCGUUGCUGUAGACAGAAUAUUUACGGGAUCUACGAGGUUGGAUGGAAAUGCUAUUGUGGAUUUUGUUCGCUGGCUUUGUGCUGUAUCUAUGGAUGAGCUGCUGUCUGCUACCCACCCUCGAAUGUUUAGUCUGCAGAAGAUAGUGGAGAUUUCUUACUACAACAUGGGACGGAUAAGGUUACAGUGGUCUAGGAUCUGGGAAGUUAUUGGCGAUCAUUUUAAUAAGGUUGGCUGCAAUCCCAAUGAAGAUGUAGCUAUUUUUGCAGUAGACUCAUUAAGGCAAUUGUCAAUGAAGUUCUUGGAAAAAGGAGAACUUGCUAAUUUCCGAUUCCAGAAGGACUUCCUAAGACCAUUUGAACAUAUCAUGAAGAGAAAUAGGUCUCCUACUAUUCGAGACAUGGUUGUACGGUGCAUUGCACAGAUGGUAAAUUCGCAGGCUGCUAACAUUCGUUCUGGCUGGAAGAACAUUUUUUCAGUAUUUCAUCUGGCAGCCUCAGAUCAGGAUGAAAGUAUAGUGGAACUGGCAUUCCAGACUACAGGGCACAUUGUCACAAUCGUGUUUGAAAAACACUUCCCAGCAACCAUAGAUUCUUUCCAGGAUGCAGUAAAGUGCUUGUCUGAAUUUGCCUGCAAUGCAGCAUUUCCAGAUACCAGUAUGGAAGCGAUCCGCCUCAUCCGCCACUGUGCGAAAUACGUAUCUGACAGACCUCAGGCAUUCAAGGAAUACACAAGUGAUGAUAUGAAUGUAGCUCCUGAAGACAGAGUGUGGGUGCGAGGGUGGUUCCCAAUUCUCUUCGAAUUGUCCUGUAUCAUCAAUAGAUGCAAAUUAGAUGUAAGAACCAGGGGCUUAACAGUAAUGUUUGAAAUAAUGAAGACAUACGGCCAUACUUACGAAAAACACUGGUGGCAAGAUUUGUUUCGAAUUGUCUUCAGGAUAUUUGACAACAUGAAACUGCCAGAACAGCAGACUGAGAAAGCAGAAUGGAUGACAACUACUUGUAACCAUGCACUUUAUGCAAUAUGUGAUGUAUUCACACAGUAUUUAGAAGUACUCAGUGAUGUUCUUUUGGAUGAUAUAUUUGCACAGCUGUACUGGUGUGUGCAGCAAGACAAUGAACAACUGGCACGAUCUGGUACAAACUGUUUGGAGAAUGUUGUCAUCCUAAAUGGUGAAAAGUUUACCCUAGAAAUCUGGGACAAAACUUGCACUUGCAUGCUGGAUAUUUUCAAAACUACAAUCCCUCAUGCGCUGCUGACUUGGAGACCUGUUGGAGGAGAGUUUGGCUCUGGCUCUCCCUCUGAUGCAAAAGAAAAACUGGAUACAGUCUCACAGAAGUCAGUAGAUAUUCAUGAUUCCAUUCAGCCCAGACCUUCAGAUGGACGCCCAUAUCAACCCAGCAUGGGGGCCACAGUAGGUGAAGAAACAAGUAAAACCAGACCAACACCAAAAUUCCCAGAACAGAAGUUAUUUGCUGCUCUUUUGAUCAAGUGUGUUGUACAGCUGGAACUCAUUCAAACAAUCGACAACAUUGUGUUCUUCCCAGCAACUAGCAAAAAAGAGGAUGCAGAGAAUCUAGCAGCAGCACAGAGAGAUGCUGUAGACUUUGAUGUCCACGUGGAUACACAAGAUCAAGGGAUGUAUCGUUUUCUCACAUCUCAGCAGCUUUUCAAACUUCUGGAUUGUCUGCUGGAAUCUCACAGAUUUGCUAAAGCAUUUAAUUCAAACAAUGAGCAGAGAACUGCUCUCUGGAAAGCAGGUUUCAAAGGCAAAUCAAAGCCCAAUCUCCUGAAGCAGGAGACGAGCAGCCUGGCCUGUGGGUUGCGCAUCCUGUUCCGUAUGUACAUGGACGAAAGCCGGACCAGUGCGUGGGAGGAAGUCCAGCAAAGACUACUAAAUGUCUGCAGUGAGGCUCUUAGUUAUUUCCUGACUCUGACAUCAGAAAGUCAUCGGGAAGCCUGGACUAAUCUUUUACUCUUAUUUUUAACUAAAGUCCUGAAGAUAAGUGAUGAAAGGUUCAAAGCCCAUGCAUCGUUCUACUAUCCUCUGUUGUGUGAAAUCAUGCAGUUUGACCUUAUUCCCGAGCUUCGAGCUGUUUUACGGAGGUUUUUCCUGCGGAUUGGUGUGGUUUUCCAAAUAUCCCAACCACCAGAACAAGAGUCUGGAAUAAGCAAGCAGUAGCAGAUAGUGACACUGUUUAAAAGUUUAUAUUCCUCAGCUAAAUAAAAGGACCAGGUAGCUGAGCCAUUCUGUCUGGAUAUCCAUAAAAAUGAUUUCUUUGUAUGGCAACAUGUAUCCAAGGGUUAACGGUACAGACGCUUACAACUGUAAUUAAGGCUUGCAACACUCCAGUCCCUUUAUUUCCUGAUGGAUUAUCUCUACCGGUUUCUCUUUCCUGGCUCGUGCUGAGCACAAAGCCAGUUUUUAGCACAGUCCCCUUGUCAGCAUGGGCUGCAGUAUCCUUUACUGUCCUAGACAACAGUAUAGCAACAGAUGUUUAUGGCGGGUGUGAAAGUAAAGUGUACCCAAAGAAACAUAUAUAUGUAAAGGUUUGAGCUUCUGCGAGAAGUACAACUCAGGAGAGCUGUAUUUUGAAGGAUAAAAUGUUUAUAGUGAAAAGAAAAUGGAGAUUAUUGUUCAUGGUAAAAGAUAUUUAGCAACUAUGUCUGAUAUUCUUAUUCUAAGAUUUUUGCACACUCAGGCUGUCUGAGACAUUGGUAAUCAUCCUUCUGUGAAAAUGUACAGAGAUGCAGGUCUGUAAUAUAAACUCUUUAACACUAUACAGUUCUUCCCGAAUUGUUUUAUUUCUGUAAUAUUGAUUUGCUGAAAGCCCAUAACUCUUACUCGUUUACCAAAUGCACUAGAAGUUUGGGUU